AUGAACAACCCGCUCCUAGCCUGGAAGGUCUGGACCGAGAAAGUCGUCGGCAAGAUCAAGACCAGCAGUACCUCACAACAACAGCAACCGAGAGUCGCGGGGCGGAAGCUGCGACGCCCUUACUUCGAGAGGUUCAACCGGGUGAAGAUUGAGGAUCAGUCGGAAGGGAUAUGGACCCCGACACCUACCGCGCCCGCUUUACCGAUGAGCUCCAUCGAUACCCAUCCGGAGAGCUUGGGAUCGGUGAAUGCUACACAAUACACAGUACGACUAGCAGACAACCAGCGCCUUCUUACGGAGUACAAACUCCUCAUAACGUGA